CCCCCCCCCCCCCCCCCCUGGCCUUCCUGCACCUGUCAGAUCUUCCAAAACUGAUGCUGUUGUUGUGGAAACCGUGAUGAAGUGAUAGAAAAGGAAGACGAGGAGGAUUCCCCAACAGACAGAGUCCUGACAAGAGCCUGGAAGGACACUACUACUAGACACUGACAGACCUGAGGCAGUGUGCCACACUGAGCUGAGGACCAGCAGCAUGGAACAGCAGCAUGGAAAAGUGGAGCGCUUCCUCAAGCUGGGUUACUCCCAUAGUGACAUUGUGCGUGUGCUAGAGAGCCUGCGUCAUGACGCCCAGACCAACGAAAUACUGGAGGAGCUGAUCAAGACCUGCCAAAUCACCACUACAACAACCACCACCACCCCAUCCAUACCAUCCAGUCGCUCAGCCCACUCCAGCCCACAGCUGGUCCCUCGAGGCUGCAGCUCUCCCCAACCCAGCCAGUCCCUACGGCCCAGCUCAGCUACAGACAGGGAUCCCACUUUGGGAUUCAGACCGGUGGUAAUUGAUGGAAGCAAUGUGGCCAUGAGCCAUGGCAACAAGCAAGUGUUUUCGUGCCGGGGGCUGUUGCUGGCAGUCAGGUGGUUUUUGGAGAGAGGUAUCCGUGACAUCACAGUGUUCGUGCCUCUGUGGAGAAAGGAGCAACCCCGUCCUGAAGCCCCCAUGACAGAUCAGCACAUCCUCCAUGAGCUGGAGAAGAGAAAGAUCCUGGUGUACACCCCGUCACGCUGCGUCAACGGGAAGAGAGUGGUGUGUUACGACGACCGCUACAUCAUCAAACUAGCCUACGAGUCCGAUGGCAUCGUUGUGUCCAAUGACAACUACAGAGAUCUGCAGAUAGAGAAACCAGAGUGGAAGACAUUCAUAGAGGAAAGGCUGUUGAUGUACAGCUUCGCCAAUGACAAGUUCAUGCCUCCUGAUGAUCCUCUGGGAAGGAAUGGCCCAACAAUUGACAACUUUCUGAGAAUAAAGCAGUGGACCCCAGAAAACAAGAAGGAGCGUUGCCCGUAUGGGAAGAAGUGUACUUAUGGAGUGAAGUGCAAGUUCUACCACCCAGAGCGCUCCAACCAAUCGCAGCUGUCUGUAGCAGAUGAGCUUAGAGCCAAGAGCAAACCUGCUGCUCUGACAGACAGGGAGUGGUCAUUUCUCCCCUCAGGCCUCGGCCAGGAGGCCCAUAUCUACACAUCCCUUUAUGAGCCGGAUCACACUACUAAUCAUCUACACAGAUAUCCUUCCACACCGCCUCACCUUAGAAAAAAUGAACAUUCCCAUUCCCACAGGGCUUCACCAAGUGAUCAGUUCACCGGCCAGAGAGAAACAGGCAGCCCAGCUCUCCACCACAAGUCCAGCCACCACUUCUGCCCCAGCCCAGACACUGACGAGGCCUUUGGCUCCAUGGAGGCCUCCCUGUCCAGACUAUAUGUUCAGGACCAGACAAACAACACCAAGGGGCCCGGGGUGUCUUACACAUACAGCAGCGGGGUGGCCGGCUGCAGCCAGGGCAGUGGGGACGUCUACCCCUCCAGCACUUACAGCAGCCACAGUCACUGCAGCAACACACAGAGGCUCAGCCUGGGUGGGCCUUCCUCGGGAGUCCACUAUGCCCCCCAAAGACUGCUACAGUGUGGCUGUGACCACUCACAGAGCUGUGAGUGCAGUCGGUGCAUGUACGGCCACCAGCAUCUCCAGCCACAGCUAAGAAAGAGCUCCUAUGUUGUUCACAGUAACCCCAUCCAUUUCACAGAGCAGCAGUACUUUCAGAGUCCUCCCCCACAAAGGCAGAGUCAUAGCCUCCCAGAACACAGCCUGGGACAGGGCCUCUCUGGUGAGAUAGUGGAGAUGACCAGGUCCAAUGAAGGUAAAGCUCCAGAGAGUGAGCAGAGGAAGAGUGUGAAGAACCAGCUCAGCACCCUCUUCCCCCCCAGCAUGGUAGACUAUGUGAUGAGUCUGUACCCACACACCCUCAACAAGUCAGAGCUGGUUCCUCUGAUCCAGAGGUUCAGAACCAGCCACGUUCCCUUCUAACAUGCAAGACCUUUCUCUGUAAGCAUUAAACACAGUAGUUCUUCCUCAGCAGACUAAACAACCUUGAAAAUGUAGCAGUCUGUGCUGAAUUUCCUAUGUAUGUAUAAGUCAAGUGCAAUGCACUACCAUCUCCUGAAUGAUGCUAGUUCAUUUUGAAUCUAGCAUUGACUUAAAGAUUAUCAAAGCAGCAUGUGUUGUUUUAACAUGUAGCCUCAAACUGAGGGAAGCUAUUCGACAAAAUGGGUGUUAGCCUGUACGGUAUGCAGAAUAAUACUGUCCUUGUCAUUUGUUUGUUGUCCAUAUUAAACAUAAGUCCUUGAAAA